UGUUGCAGGUGUGUUGUGUUGCUGGUUUGUGCCUUCGCUGUCGUUUCUCUCGCAGCUCCUCUUCAAAAAAGAUCAGCAGAUGACAGAACUAAGAACCUGCUGACUCACCUGAACGGUGAUGAUACCACUACCGUGCCAACAGAAGCUGCUGCCAGUCAAGAAAAAUCUGAAGCUGGUCCAGAGGACUCCCCCCCGGAGACAGACAGCAGCAGCAGGAAGGACGCCGCUGAAGACGCCAGUAAUGGUGUUGACCACAGCAACAAUGAAGGCGGUGACGGCAAGAGCGACGGCAAGAGCGACGGCAAGAGCGACGGCAAGACCGACGGCACCGAAGAUAAGAGCAACACUGAAGGUGGCAACAGCGACGGCAACGGCAACGGCAACGGCGACGGCGACGGCAACGGCGACGGCGACGGUAACGGCAACGGCAACGGCGACAGCGACGCCGCCGCCGAUAGCGACGCCGCCGCCGAUAGCGACGCCGAUAGCGACGACGACGCCGACAGCGACGCCGAUAGUGACGCCGACAGCGACGCCGACGCCAAUGCCGAUAGCGACGCCGCCGCCGAUAGCGACGCCGAUAGCGACGCCGAUAGCGACGACGACGCCGACAGCGACGCCGACAGCGACGCCGAUAGCGACGCCGACAGCGACGCCGACGCCAAUGCCGACAGCGACGCCGACGCCAAUGCCGAUAGCGACGCCGACGCCGAUAGCGACGCCGACAGCGGCGCCGACGCCGAUAGCGACGCCGACAGCGACGCCGACGCCGAUAGCGACGCCGACAGCGGCGCCGACGCCAAUAGCGAAGGCAAUAGCAACGGCGACAUUGAUGGUAACAACAGUGCAGAUGAGAUGACUGAAAACAGUGAGGAAGAGGAUCAGAGCAGCAAUAAAGGUGACGCAGAGAAGGAGACAGAAGAGGACAAGAUGAAGGGUCCAGUCAAAGAGGAGAAAGAGAUGACUGAGGAGGGUGAGGGGAGUGAAGGGAGUGAGGAGGGUGAGGGUGACGAGGGUGAGGAGAGUGACGAGGGUGAGGACGCUAAGGGGGAAGACGAGGGUGAGGACGCUAAGGGGGAAGACGAGGGUGAGGACGCUAAGGGGGAAGACGAGGGUGAGGACGCUCAGGAGGGUGAGGCAGAUGAGGAGGGUGAGGAAUCAGAGGAGGAGGAAGUGACAGCUGAUGAUGAAAGCACAGAUGGCAAUGGAGAUCCAGCUGACCGUGAGGAUGGAGGCGAGUCCGAGGAGAAGAGUGUGGAAUCUGAGGAGCAAGAUGAAGUGGAAGAAAUCCAAGAUGAUGAAGCUGAUGACAGUCUCGAUGAGGAAGACAAUGCAGCGGUCGAAGCCACCAAUGAAGAGGAGGACAAGCUGGAGGAGGAGGCAGAGGAGCCGAGUCUAGAGCCUGAAGACUCCACUGAAGUGAUGAUGUCUGACCAAGCGGAGCAGACUGAUGACACCCCACUGGCUUCGAAUUAGACGCCGAGCCUCUGAACUGUGGAAGCUCAAAGACUUCAGAGCCACGCCUCCACAGUGGAAUACUGUUGCCAUGACAACAACCAACUAAAUGCAUCUGAACCUCCUGUUUGUUUUCCGUCUGCUCCUGAUUGGCUGUCUGUCUCUUCUUCCUCUGAUUGCCGUAGUGAUAAAACUUGAACUCUUCCAGCAGGCCCCUGCCAGCGUCGCUGUCAUGUGACCUUUAACGCUCUGCAGAAACAUUAAACUGCUGCUGAUUUUACAUUAACAUGUACAUACAGUCCAUCGUUUACUGAGGAACUGAAGGGCGAGCACAGAGUCACUGAUUGUACACAGACGAAGUGCUAAUAAAGUUUGAACUGUCAGAACCUCA